AUGUCUAUGAAAUGGAAUUCAGUUCUGCUGCUCCUACAACUGAGUUGUUACUUUAGCUCUGGAAGUUGUGGAAAGGUGCUGGUGUGGCCCACAGAAUACAGCCAUUGGAUGAAUAUGAAGACAAUCCUGGAUGAACUUGGACAGAGAGGGCAUGAGGUGACUGUGCUAACAUCUUCAGCUUCCAUUCAUGUUGAUCCAAACAAGACAUCAACUAUUAAAUUUGAAGUUUAUCCUACAUCUUUAAGUAGAGAUGCUUUUGACGCAUUUGUCUUGAUGGUGGUCAAAAAAUGGGAACGUAUUCCAAAAGACAGAAUUUGGUUACAUCUUUCAGAAAUGCAAGAAAUCAUGUGGGAUUUUUCUGACUGUAUGAGAAAUAUGUGUAAAGAUGCAGUUUUGAACACGAAACUUAUGAGAAAACUAAAAGAAUCAAAAUUUGAUGUUGUUUUUGCGGAUGCCAUUGGUCCCUGUGGUGAGCUGCUGGCUGAGAUACUUAAAAUACCCUUUGUGUACAGUCUCCGCUUCUCUCCUGGAUACUCACUGGAAAUGCAUAGUGGAGGACUUCUAUUCCCUCCUUCUUAUGUUCCUAUUAUUCUUUCAGAAUUACAUAAUCAGAUGACAUUCAUGGAGAGGAUAAAAAAUAUGAUAUUUGCCCUUUAUUUUAACUUUUGGUUCCAGACAUUUAAUCUGAAGGAGUGGGAUCAGUUUUACAGUGAAGUACUAGGAAGACCCACUGUGUUAUUAGAGACAAUGGCAAAAGCUGAAAUAUGGCUAAUUCGAAGCUAUUGGGAUUUUGAUUUUCCUCGCCCACUCUUACCAAAUUUUGAUUUUGUGGGAGGAUUCCAUUGCAAACCAGCCAAACCCCUUCCUAAGGAAAUGGAGGACUUUGCUCAGAGCUCUGGAGAACAUGGUGUUGUGGUGUUUACUCUGGGGUCGAUGAUCAGUAACAUGCCAGAAGAAAGGGCCAAUGUGUUUGCAUCAGCUCUUGCUCAGAUUCCGCAAAAGGUUAUAUGGAGAUUUGACGGUAAGAAACCAGACACUUUAGGAGCCAACACUCGACUGUACAAGUGGAUCCCUCAGAAUGACCUUCUUGGUCAUCCAAAAACCAAAGCGUUUAUAACUCAUGGCGGAGGCAACGGCGUCUAUGAGGCGAUCUACCAUGGGGUGCCUAUGGUGGGCAUGCCAUUGUUUGCAGAUCAACCUGAUAACAUUGCCCGCAUGAUGGCCAAGGGAGCAGCUGUUAGACUGGACUUUGACACAGUGUCAAGUACAGAUAUGCUCAACGCAUUGAAGACAGUCAUUAAUGACCCUUUAUAUAAAGAAAAUAUUAUGAGGUUAUCAAGAAUUAAUCACGAUCAGCCCACAAAGCCUCUAGAUCGAAUAGUCUUCUGGAUUGAGUUUGUCAUGCGCCACAGAGGAGCAAAGCACCUUCGGGUUGCAGCCCACGACCUCAACUGGGUCCAGUACCACUCUCUGGAUGUGAUUGGGUUCCUGCUGGCCUGUGUGGCAACUGUGAUAUUUGCCAUCACCAAGUGUUGUCUGUUGUGUUGUCAGAAGUUUGCUAAAACAGGAAAGAAGGAAAAAAGGGAAUAG